GUUCCUGACAGUACCACUAUAUAAGCAUCAUCACUUACCUUCAUUUGUUACAUCAAGCGAGUAAAACCUCCUGAUUAGAUUGCGUGAAAACAAAGAACUAUGGCUUCUCAGACCAAAGUGGUGAUGCUUCUUAUUCUUGCCACAGCAGGAACAGCUUUGGAGGCUGAUCCUGACAUUGUGAAAGUUCAGGCAUUAAAGAAUGCAUAUUCUGAAAAAUGCCCAUUUGGAUGGACCUCCUAUUCCGGUCGCUGCUACAUGUACAACGGCGUCAGACUGGAUUGGGUUUCUGCAGAGAAAUUCUGUCAGAAAUUUGAUGCACACUUGGUCUCAAUACACAGCGAGAAUGAAUAUCAGCAUGUAAAGUCUCUUAUCCGUAGUUAUGACCCCACGGAGGAUCUAACAUACAUCGGCCUCAGUGACUGUCAGAAGCCUUUUGAAUUUUUUUGGUCUGAUGGCACCAAAUUGACGUUCACCAAGUGGAAUCCAGCACAACCAGAUAAUUAUAAUAACAAAGAGUGCUGUGUGCAUAUGAAUGCUGCUACCGCUAAAAACUGGAACGAUAUUCCUUGUGACAACCCCUAUCCCUUUGUGUGUGCCAAGAAAAGUGGCUGAAAUGCUUCCAACUGCAUCUCACCAAAUAUAAUACAAUAUUUUCCUCGUCACUGAUGAAUUUAUAAAAUGAUUCUGUGGCAGACUACCAUAACUUCAGCAAUAAAAAAAUCUAAAAAAAAAUAAAUUAAA